CAUGGGGUGACCCUCACAUCGCCACGCUGGACGGGAAGGGGUACACCUUUAACGGUAAAGGCGAGUACAUCAUGGCAGAUGUGGACAACGGACAGUAUCAACUGCAAGCCAGGACCGAGUUUCCAGAAGGCACCACUACAGCGACAGCCUUUUCUGCCAUGGUCAUUCGAAAGAGUGGAGGCGUCCCGAUUCAAGUGAACAUAGAUUCCAAUUCGGCAUCAGGCAUGAAGCUGUAUAUCGAUGGUACACUGCAAGACAUGACCGUAUACGGAAACGUCAGCUCAACCAUUAUCCAAGAGGACAACGUGUUGGUUUCAAGGCCAAGCGCUAGCGAAUUCAAAGUCUACUACAGCACAGGGGUGUCAGCGACUGCACAAGUAGAACAGGGCAUGAUGUCGAUCGUCUUCUCGGCUCCCGAGUCCUUCAAGGGGAAGACGAAAGGCCUGCUGGGAGUCUGGGACGGAGAUCAAACCAACGACUUCACGAUGUAUGACGGGACGGUUCUGUCAACUAACUCCACCGAGAGACAGAUUUUCGACUUCGGACGUUCUUGGCAAGUGACGGCCACUGCCGGUGACAAGGUCUCCCUGUUCCACUACGAGGGCGGCCAGGGGGUAGACACGUUCCAGGACGACACCUUUGAGCCCACCUUCGGAGACGAGAUGGACUCCUCCGCCGACCCGGCGCUGCUGCAGCAGGCGCGGGACAAGUGCGGGGAGAACCAGGCGUGUCUGUACGACGUCCUGCAGACGGGAGACGUGGCAGUCGGGGAGGCCUCUCUGCACCAGUCCAGUACCAUCCAGGACGGCUCGCAGAAGACAAGUAACUACCCUCCCAGCGUGACGGGCCCUACCGUGCUGUACGCCGUGUACCAGCAGACGUUAGAGUUCUCCCUGACGGCCCAGGACAGGAACGGAGACUCCGUCAGCUUCUCCGUAUCAGAACCGUCCGACCUGCCGGCGUCCGUUCUGACUGCCAGUGGAAAUACGGCCUCCUUCAGCUGGCAGGUGGACCGGGCGGAGCCGUUCGACCUGCGGGUUCUGGUGACGGACGCGGGCGGCGCGAGCGCCCUCUACUGGCCGACGGUGUACCUCUGCAACUGUGAGAACGGCGGCGGCUGUGCCUCCAGCGGAGGGACGCACAGUUCCUCCAAUAACACCAGGUUUGUGAUGCAAGAGUGCACAUGCGCGGCCGGCUACACCGGAUCGAACUGCGAGUCUGACAUUGACGCAUGCGCAGCUAACUACGAGCCGUGUUACGCGGGAGUCCGGUGUAACGACCUUCCCGCCCCGGCCAACAUCAGCGGCUACGAGUGCGACUCCUGUCCCAGCGGGUACACGGGCAGCGGGGAGAGAUGUACAGACGUGGACGAGUGCGCAUCGGGAGCAUCCUGUGCGCAGCUGUGCGUGAACUUCCCCGGCUCCUACCAGUGCUCGUGUGACGCCGGGUAUGAGCUGGGAGAGGACGGAAGCUCCUGCAAUGACGUUGACGAGUGCACCCCAGCUAACGACUGUGACCAGGUGUGCAACAACAACGCGGGCUCGUACAGCUGUGCCUGCAACUCCGGGUUCCAACUGGAUGGUGACCGCAAGUCCUGCACACCCACCCACCCAUGUCCUGUGGGAGACACGGGGGGAUGUGACCUCGUCAGGGGCUGGUGUCUGGACAACAGAGGCGGCAUGCGUCCCAGGGAGUGCGCCUGCAAGGCCGGGUAUGUCCUUGCUGACGACAUGGUGAGCUGCAACGAUAAGAACGAGUGUCAGACGGGGGAGAACAACUGCAACCAAAACUGUGUGAACACCGACGGGAGCUACAACUGUACUUGUGAGACAGGAUACCAACUGGUGGACGAGCAUACCUGUCAAGACAUUGACGAGUGCAAUGCCGGGACGUACAACUGCACCGGGAACACGGUGUGUAAGAACAAGCCAGGGAACUACAGCUGCGAGUGUGCUGCCGGACUGGUCUUGACGGGUGGCAAAUGCGUCGACCUUCCUGACGACGAGAAGCCAGUGUCUGCCCCCACACGACCCGCCUCUGACCAGGACCUCUCCAACGCUGUCACCUUUAACUGCGGGAUUACACUGGAACAGUACACUGUCUCCGUGGAUGACGCCUUCUCGGUUCAGCUCGCUGCCAUGGUAACGGAGCACUGCGCCGUCAAUGCUGCCGAGUGCGGGGUGGUGACUUCGGAUGGCGCACGGAGACGGAGGAGCACGUCCGUGACCUUCACCGUCCUCCAAGUCCAGCGACCUUCAGGCUACCCGUCAGCGAACAACGACAGCACCACCGCGCUUGCGUACUACGUCCUGCUGCCCUCCGGCAACACUUCUAUCCCUGGGAGCGAGCUUCUGACCAUCCUCCAGUCCAACGUGUCUGCCCUGGAGGCGGUGCUGGGAGGGGACAUCUCAGGCAUAGCGUUACUGGUUCCAGUGGAGGAGGAACCUGUGGCUGCUUCGGGAAUGAACGUUGCUGUGAUUGUGGUGGCCGUGGUCGUUCCUCUAGUGCUGCUGGCAGUCGUUGUCGCCGUCGGGGUGCACGUGUACAAGAAAUCAAAAAGGAAGAAAGUGGGCAUUUCCUCUGAGGACCUGCGGAUGGAUCCCGUGAAGAAGGAACGCGUGUCUACCCGGGCGUGGGGCCCUCUGCAGAAGGGACAAGCUGCCGCCAAUCCUAACGCUCCUCCUCCAACGUGGUCAACACAAGCUGCAGCAGGAGGGACGACGUCGUCUCAGCCCGUUCGGGUGCCUCUGCCGCCGGUCCGCGCGCCGACUUUCGUUCGGGAGCCGAGCACGCUGAGUCGAGAAGAGUCGGGCGCGGUUGCCAACCCCGCCUACCAGUCCACGGAGGACCUGAAGAGCGAAAAGGAACCGAAAGCCAGCGUACUUCAGUUGCUGCCAGUGGCAUCCUCCCUUCCUGCGGCUCCGGCGGACAGCGAGCUUUAUCCCAAGCCGCCGGGGACACCUGACUGCUGA